CGGAGCCGCCCCCAGACCCGGCGACGGCGCCGAUCGCGGCCAACCAGGACACGGUCAUCGAGCUAAGCACCGCCAGCGAACCGCUCGGCAUCGUGCUGUUAGGAGGCAGCGACACGCUUAUCAACGGAGCAGCAGCGAUAAUCCUGGACGUAUACAAGAACGGUGCAGUGGCCAAGGACGGCCGGCUACGGGUGGGCGACCAGAUACGCGACUGCAACGGCGUUACCAUCACCAAAGACAUGGCGCAUGAGCGGCUGUGUCUAACCAUCAAGCAGAAGGUGCCCAAGAUGAAGAUGACCAUCUAUAGACCAGAGCCACUCCAAUAUACUGAAGUGGAAGUAGAGUUGUCUCGGAAACCAGGCCGCGCGCUUGGACUUACAUACGUCGCGCCUGUACAAGGCACUGGGGUCUACUUGGGAGAUGCUAUCGCGGGCUCCCCAGCAGACUUAGACGGGCGCCUUCAACGCGGAGACUUCUUACUGUCAGUGGACGGUAAGGACCUCUCAGCAGCAGACUACAUCACCGUUGCCACCACCCUCAAGCUGUGCGGAAACAAAACUGCCAUCAAGGUGAAGAGGUUCAAAGUCAUCGCUCGAUAAUAGGCUGGCGGUUAUCGCUACUCGGCGAUAGAUGGCGCUAUUCGCUAUGUAAAUGACGCUACUGAAGCAAUGAAAACCCCUGUGGGUCUAGACAAAGUGCAAAUUAUAAUCGCAAACCAGUCGAAAAGUGGUCGAAAAGCCCCUUUUUUG